CACUUCAACUAAAACUUAAAUCAUUUUCUUGCAUCUUCCCAUAUUGCUCCUUUACCUUCAUACAUAUACAAACAACAUAACAUAACUUCUCUUACAUUUGCACUCCCAAUCCAAUAUUACAACCACAUGGGGUUCUCCUCGCCUCUUAACAUACUCGUCGGGAUCCCUUCCGACAACGUCGACCAGAGCAAGGAGCUUCUUUCUUGGGCCAUCACAGUUCUUGCUCAUCAACAUGACUGCAUUGUUGCUACUCAUGUUCUUGUCAUUGAUGAUACGAAGAAGCAUGGAUCGACCUCCAUGACAAUGAAAAUUCAAUCGCAACUUCGUCGAGCCAAAGCCUACGUCAUAUCGAUUCUUGGAGAGUUCGCCAACAUUAGCCAAUCCAAGCAGGUAAAUUUGGAAGCGCGGGUUGGUUUUAACUCGAGCGUUGGAAGAGGUUUGAUUGAAGAAAUGAACUCAAUUUCAGCUGACUUUCUUGUUCUUGGUGGUGCGAGAAACAGAUUAAACAGCAUUACAAGGUACUGUUUUGAGAAUGCUCCUGAGAAAUGUACUCUGAUGUUCUUGGGAAAGCAAGAGCAGCUAAAACAAAAUUUGGGCUCUGAUUCUCUUCAAUCCAAAGGGGAAGUUUUCAGAGCUCAAAAAACAGAGAGAAACAGAGCCGACGAUGAGGUGGAAGCCUCCGGCGACUCCAUUUCCAACACGACGACGGAGGACGACUCCUCCACGUCCGGAGACUGCAGCACAAUUGGGUCUCCACCACCACUAAGUUCCCCUUUGAAAUCCCAAUCCGGCGACCGGCGGCAGCGACUGUCGCCGUGUAAACUGAUAUCAUCGUUCAUUGGGUCACCAUUUCGGAAGAGAAAUUGUAGCUUUUCUGAGAAGCGAUCGGCUCAGCCUUUGUUGAGUUGUUUCAGCUAUGAAAUGAUUUUGAAUGCUACUAAUAACUUCCACCCAGAGAACAUGGUGGGGCGAGGUGGGUAUUCGGAAGUUUACAAAGGAGAGCUAUCUGAUGGGAAGAUGAUUGCGGUGAAGAGACUGACAAAGGACAACAAAGAUGGUAACAAAGAGAGAGAGUUUCUUAUGGAACUUGGAAUAAUUGGGCAUGUCUUUCAUCCAAACACAGCUUCCUUGGUUGGCUGUUGCAUUGAAAAUGGCCUUUAUCUCAUCUUCAACUUCUCUCAAAAUGGAAACCUUUCUUCUGCAUUACAUGGGAAAACAAGCAAAACAUUGGAAUGGUCAGUGAGAUACAAGAUUGCUGUGGGAGUUGCAAGGGGUUUGCAUUAUCUCCAUGAAUGUUGCAAACAUCGCAUAAUCCACAGAGACAUCAAAGCUUCUAAUGUCCUUCUUGGCCCUGAUUAUGAACCUCAGAUAACAGACUUUGGGCUAGCAAAAUGGCUUCCAAACAAGUGGACACACCAUGCAGUGGUACCAAUAGAGGGCACAUUUGGGUACUUAGCGCCAGAAUAUUUCAUGCAUGGCUUUGUGGAUGAGAAAACUGACGUUUUUGCCUUUGGAGUUCUUCUUUUGGAGAUUGUCACUGGCAGAAGGCCUGUGGACUCAUCCAAACAGAGCCUUCUCUUGUGGGCAAAGCCUCUGAUGGAGUCGGGCGAGAUCGGUCAGCUGGCUGAUCCAAAGCUCAAAUGCUACGACGCAAAAGAGUUGCAGCGAGUCGUGUUGGCUGCUUCUUGCUGCGUUCGACAGUCGUCAGUCGAGCGCCCAUCGAUGAGCGAGGUGUUGGAGGUGCUAACAAAAGGCCAUGAUUCAGAGAUAGCAAAGAGCUUGAGCAUGCCAAAGUUGAGCUCUGAUGAUGAUAAUGAACUGGAUGAUUAUUCCAUGAUUUUUGGAUAUGAAAUUCCAAUAGAUACUCUUCUUGAGGAUUAUUUAUGAUUGUAUUUAAAUUUAAAUUUUUUUGUGAAAUCUUGUAUUAUUUUGUUAUUUCAAAUUAUGUUUUUA